CAAUCUUGUUAGGCCUGCAGGUUCGUACGAUUCGAAACCGGCAGGAAGGUCGAAAGUAGGGCGAGAGGCUAUACUUUUGUUAGGACAUGUUUAUGACUGAUUUACUUGUCUAGACAGACACUCAGGCUUGACGAACUCUGUCGGGGGAGUAGCGCGAGCAUUGUGUCGUGCCUUAAACAUUUUAGCUGUUUUUAAGGACGGUUAAGGAGCAGUGAUCAUGGCUUUGGUAGGACUGAGAGCCUCCUAUCGCCGGCUGCUGGACAAGAUCGAACUUUUACUGCCGGCCAAACUGAGACCUCUGUACAACCACCCUGCAGGCCCCAAGACUGUUUUCUUUUGGGCACCAAUGUUUAAAUGGGGCCUGGUGAUAGCUGGUUUAGCAGACCUGACCAGACCAGCUGAAAAACUCAGCACAUCUCAGUCUGCAGUGCUGACAGCUACAGGUCUCAUCUGGUCCAGGUAUUCACUGGUUAUUAUACCAAAGAACUGGAAUCUGUUUGCUGUCAACUUCUUCGUUGGCUCUGCAGGUGGAUCUCAGCUCUACCGAAUAUGGAGGUACAAUCAAGAACAGGAAGCAAAGAAGAAAACUGCAGAGGCUUGAUAGUGCAGACACAUCCGUGCCAUGUGAUGGACUGAAAGGGAAUCCAGGCCAAGUCAAUCUCAGAAAAUUACAUCCGUGUUUUUAGUGUUACAUUUUUAUCAUCUAGUCUAGUCCAUUGUUCCUUAAACCCUAAAUGUUCUGAUGAAAACAAAUGUCACUGACGCACAAUACAUACAGUUAAUAUAGAUAAGCCUUUCUGUCUACAGUACUAAGCUCUCUAAGGGGAAAAAGAUGUGCUUUAAGUAAUACUUUGAAAUUUCAAGAUUGGUACUUCCUAUAUACACCAGUUAAUUUAAUGAAUAGCUCAAAAUAAAUUGCAAUCCUUUGGAAAUAUUUAUUUAGGAGUUGUAGACAUUAACAAACUUGAACAACUUUUUAAAAGUAAUAUAAGAGAACAUUUUUAUCUGUACCAUGCAUUUUAUCAUUUGCAAUGAGUAGAAUUGUCAAAUUGAGUUUAAGUUAAAAAUAAAACCAAUAUUAAACCUAUUCCUAAAGCACAGUGUGUUCCAUUAUAGCUUAAUGGGAGCCAGUAUUACUAGUGAAGCAUUUUUAAUGAUGGCACUAUAAAAAUGGAAUAAAAGCUUUUUCAUUUUUCCCCUUCAACUUGUACAAAAGAUUUUUAAAAACCCAAAUGCUGAAAACCAAAUAUCUCUGUCCAGCAAUUUUGCAUUAAGCGUUUUUCUUCAUUUCCUGUUUUCUUGUUUUGAGGCAGUAUAAUCAGGUGCAUGUUUUGGCAUCCAUCACACUGGAGGAGAUGUUUUGAAAAUGAACAUUUUGUUUGAUCUUGAAGUGUUUAAAAGCAAUAGUGUUGUCUGAUAAAUAAAUAAAUAUCUUUUCAAAGUA